ACGCAGCAAGCAGCGACGCGACGCAGCUCAGUCGCAGUCUCAGUCUGUAAAUAUAUAACUGUAAUAAAAGCUUACAAACGCAACUGAGCGCAACUUUCGCUGCAACAGCAACAACAACCACAAAGAGAACAACAACAAAAAAAAUGGUUGAUCGUCUUGUCAACUCGGAGCUUAAUACCAGACGCAUUGCCAAUGUGGAGAGUUGCUUUGGCAGCUCUGGCGUGCCACUCGCCAUCCCUGGUCGCGUUUUAGUUGGCGAGGGCGUCUUAACUAAAAUGUGCCGCAAACGUCCCAAAUCCCGUCAAUUCUUUCUUUUCAACGAUAUUCUGGUUUAUGGCAAUAUUGUCAUUGGCAAAAAGAAAUAUAAUAAACAGCAUAUAAUGCCGUUGGAGGAAGUAUCACUGGAAUCGAUCAACGAUAAUCAGCAAUAUCAUAACGGUUGGUAUAUACGCACAACAACAAAAUCAUUUGUUGUCUAUGCUGCCACAUCGACGGAAAAACAAGAAUGGAUGGCACACAUCAACAAAUGUGUCGAGGAUCUAUUACGCAAGAGUGGCAAGAAACCCGUUGAGAAUCAUGCUGCGGUUUGGGUACCAGAUGCGGAGGCAUCCAUUUGCAUGCACUGUAAGAAGACGCAGUUUACGUUUGUGCAGCGGCGACAUCAUUGUCGCAAUUGUGGUGCGGUUGUUUGUGCCGCAUGCAGCACGAAAAAAUACAUGUUGCCACAGCAGAGCACAAAGGCGCAACGUGUGUGUGACGCAUGCUACGAACGCUUGAGAGUUGCCACCCUAUCGGAUGUGGAUGCGGAUGUGGAAGCGGAUGCGGAUGCAUCCCUGCGCAGUGGCAACAACAAACUGAAUGCCGAUAGUUCCAACGAUGACGAUACCGAUGAGGAUGCUGCCGAUGCGCAGCACGAUCAGCCGCGUUUCUAUGGCGAUAACAGCAUGAUAUCGACGCUGGAAGAUUCCAAUGCGGCAACGGUAACGGGAACGGGGAAUUCCCUUCCAGUGCAAACAACACCUGCAAAUGCAAUGGCAAGCGCUUCCAAUAACUGCUGAGCAGUUGGGGAAAAAACAUUUCAUUGGAAAUCUGAAAACUGGAUGACUGGAAGCGGACUGCGAAACUGGCAUAUUUUUUGAAAGACGAGGAACGCAAGCAACAAGAAUUGGAACAACAAA